UUUCAGACACACGAGCACAAAUCCAAGGGAGAGAGAGGGAGGGCUGCAAAAGCACCAACUCCAAAUUAGAUGGAUCUAUCUCCACGCGCCUCAAAUACGCACGCAAUCAUCAUCACUUCAUCUUUCAUUGACAUUCUCUGGUGUACUAAAAUGGUUGAGCUUGUGUUUCUUGGUCGCCAGAUUGAUCCAUGGACCUGCCGCCCAACCCCGAGAGCCCAACUGCCCCGGGAGGCAGCGGCGGCGCCGGCGGAUCGGGCGGCGGUGGCGGCACGCCGCAGUCGACGACGCCAAGCCGGUACGAGGCACAGAAGAGGCGUGACUGGAACACGUUCGGGCAGUACCUGCGGAACCACCGCCCCCCGCUGAGCCUGGCGCAGUGCAGCGGCGCGCACGUGCUGGAGUUCCUGCGCUACCUGGACCAGUUCGGCAAGACCAAGGUGCACAUGCCGUCGUGCGCCUUCUUCGGCCACCCGAACCCGCCGGCGCCCUGCCCGUGCCCGCUGCGCCAGGCCUGGGGCAGCCUCGACGCGCUCGUCGGGCGCCUCCGCGCGGCAUUUGAGGAGCACGGUGGCCGCCCGGAGUCCAACCCUUUUGCGGCACGCGCGGUCCGCCUCUUCCUCCGCGAGGUCCGCGAGCACCAGGCCCGUGCGCGCGGCGUCAGCUACGAGAAGAAGAAGCGCAAGAAACCGGCGCCUGGUGGAGACGCAGGCACCAGUGGAAGCGGCAGCAGCCACCAGCCUCCACCCCCGCCGCCGCCUGCUGCCGGCGCGGUCUGCUGAGGAGGACGAGGACCUAGUACACCUACGUACGUGCGCACGUGCCCAUUUGCUGUGGCUAUCGCUGGCAAGACCGAUGGACCGCGGAUGGAUAAGAGGAAUGACCCACGAGCUCAAGCUUCUACAUGCCGCAAGCCUGGCGCCUGAUGGAUAAGCAUCAGCCAGCAUCGCAUCGCUCCAUCUAUUCUAACUUAUGUUUUCGGCUUGUUAUCGGGGAGGGUGACCCCUGCUACUUUCCUUUGGUGAAGUUGCAUGCCGCAGCAUUUGUGUACUCGUUGUUAAA